AUGGGUAUUUUCAGCAGUUUUCUCGACACGUUCUGCGAGCAUUGCUCCACCCAGUCCAUCUACACCUUGGCUCUGGUUGGUGGUUUAUCCUUUAUCGCCCUGUCCGUCGUCGUCAAUGUCUUGCGCCAGUUGCUCUUCAAGAACCCUCAUGAGCCCCCUGUAGUCUUCCAUUGGUUCCCUUUUGUUGGAAGCACAAUCAGCUAUGGAAUUGACCCCUACAAGUUCUUCAAUGUUACUCGCGCAAAGUACGGUGAUAUUUUUACUUUCAUCCUUCUUGGAAAGAAAACCACGGUCUACUUGGGCACCAAGGGCAAUGAAUUCAUCCUGAAUGGUAAAUUGCGCGACGUUUGUGCCGAAGAGGUCUAUUCGCCACUGACAACCCCGGUCUUUGGUCGCCAUGUUGUUUACGAUUGCCCCAACUCUAAGCUGAUGGAACAAAAGAAGUUCGUCAAAUUUGGCCUUACCUCAGAAGCCCUCCGUUCCUACGUUCGCCUGAUCACCGAUGAAGUCGACCUCUUCGUUAAGAACUCUCCCGCGUUCCAAGAUACCAAGGGCACCUUUGAUGUCUCCAAGACCAUCGCCGAAAUCACCAUCUACACUGCCUCACGCUCGCUUCAGGGCAAGGAGGUACGGGCUCGCUUCGAUUCGACUUUUGCGGAGAUGUACCAUGAUCUGGAUAAGGGAUUUGCGCCAAUUAACUUCAUGCUCCCUUGGGCUCCUCUCCCCCACAACCGCAAGCGUGACGCAGCUCAGAAGAAGAUGACCCAAACCUACAUGGACAUUAUCCGCGAGCGCCGUGAGACUGGUGGCAAGAAAAAUGAGGAAGAGGACAUGGUUUGGAACCUCAUGUCAUGUGCCUACAAGAAUGGUACCCCCGUCCCUGAUGAAGAAGUCGCUCAUAUGAUGAUCGCGCUUCUGAUGGCUGGUCAACAUUCUUCCUCUUCUACCGCUGCUUGGAUCGUUCUGCGUAUGGCGACUCGCCCUGGAAUCAUGGAUGAGCUCUAUCAGGAACAACUUCGCGUUCUGGGAGAGGAUAUGCCCCCUGUCACUUUUGAAAACCUCCAGAAGUUGGACCUCCACGCCAAGGUUAUCAAGGAAACCCUUCGUAUCCACGCCCCAAUUCACUCUAUCAUUCGUGCCGUCAAGAACCCCAUGCCCGUCGAUGGAACCCCCUAUGUCAUUCCUACCACUCACAAUGUGCUCUCCUCCCCUGGUGUAACUGCCAGAUCAGAGGAAUUCUUCCCAGAGCCCUUGACCUGGAAACCCCACCGUUGGGACGAAACUCCUGAGCCCAAGGAGGACGAGGAUGAGGAGAAGAUUGAUUACGGCUACGGUCUCGUCAGCAAGGGUACUAACAGCCCUUACCUGCCGUUCGGAGCUGGUCGUCAUCGUUGCAUUGGUGAACAGUUUGCCUACGUGCAAUUAGGCGCUAUUCUGGCUGCGCUGGUGCGCCACUUCAAGUUCUCAAACCCCCAUGACCGCACCGGCGUUCCUGAGACUGACUACUCAUCAUUGUUCUCCAAGCCUCUGGGCAAGUCAUUUGUACAAUACGAAAAGCGUGGCGUGAAAGAGUAG